UCUUGAAACUCUCCAAAGGAUCAUGGUCAACUAAUAUUCGUCUGCUUACCCAAAAAAACAACUAAUCUUCUUCUUAUUAAUACGUAAAUUUCUGAUAAUCCCCUCAAAAACCCUUCUUAAAUAUCAUACCCUUCUCUUCUUUGUUAAAUCCCCAUUUCUUUUUUCACCUUAUACUCUUAAAAUCUCUUGUUCUCAAUCUCCGUUCUGAUCAUGGCCAAUUUGGUUGUUUCCCAGUUUCAGGUUUCUGUUGCUGUUCCUGUUGGGCGCGAUACAUCGGUCAGGAGAUCUGUAUUUAAGACAAACAAUUUAAGCUUUGGGGACAGAUCAUGGCUUCCUGUUUAUUCUUUGGAUUUAAAAUCCAGACAUGCAGGGAUGAGAAAUGGGCGUAUAGUGUGCAUGUCAGUGCAGCAAGCCGGUAAAUCUAAGGUUUCUGUUUCACCUUUAAAAUUAGAAGAUGCAAAAGAGCCCCCACUAAAUACAUACAAGCCCAAGGAACCUUACACCGCAACCAUAGUUUCUGUUGAGAGGCUGGUGGGUCCAAAAGCUCCAGGUGAAACUUGCCAUAUCGUGAUUGAUCACGGUGGCAAUGUUCCCUACUGGGAAGGGCAGAGCUAUGGCGUAAUUCCUCCUGGUGAAAAUCCGAAGAAACCAGGAGCUCCUCAAAAUGUUCGUCUGUAUUCCAUUGCAUCAACCAGGUAUGGAGAUUCUUUUGAUGGAAAAACAGCUAGUUUGUGUGUACGACGUGCUGUCUACUAUGAUCCUGACACUGGAAAGGAGGAUCCUUCAAAAAAUGGUGUAUGCAGCAAUUACCUUUGCAACUCUAAGGCUGGAGAUAAAGUUCAGAUCACAGGCCCCUCUGGCAAGAUUAUGCUUUUGCCUGAAGAGGACCCAAAUGCCACCCACAUAAUGAUUGCAACUGGCACGGGUGUGGCUCCUUACAGAGGCUACCUUCGCCGCAUGUUCAUGGAAGAUGUUCCCACAUACAAGUUCCGUGGCCUUGCUUGGCUUUUCCUUGGGGUAGCCAACACAGACAGUCUCCUUUAUGAUGAUGAGUUCACAAAAUACCUCAAGGACCAUCCGGAUCAUUUCCGAUAUGACCGGGCGCUUAGCAGAGAGCAGAAGAACAAGAGUGGAGGGAAGAUGUAUGUUCAGGACAAGAUUGAGGAAUACAGUGAUGAAAUCUUCAAGCUGUUGGAUGGUGGAGCCCAUAUAUAUUUCUGUGGGCUCAAAGGAAUGAUGCCUGGAAUACAAGCUACUCUCAAAAGAGUGGCAGAGCAGAGAGGGGAGACUUGGGAUGAGAAGCUUUCGCAACUCAAAAAGAACAAACAAUGGCAUGUGGAGGUCUAUUAACUUGGUAUUUAUAUGCCCUGAAGAAGCAGAUGCAGUAGUAUUGCCUGUUAGGUAAUCUGUCAUUUGCCUUUGUUGAUCAAUCAGUUCACUUGAAAAACCAGAUUAAUUGUUCCCAUGAAUAAUUGAGUGUUUAUUAUGAUUUAGAAAACUUUUUGAUUGAAGAUUGAUACGAAUUUUCUUAUUACUUGUAUGUGUUGCUUAUUUAUUGUCUCCCAAAAGUCAUCUGAGAAAUUUCCCUCCUACCAGGGAAGCUCUUGUAGAAGCAAAAACCAGGCAGGCACUUAAGGCCAUCUCUUCUGGCUACUGGUAUUUUACUUUUUCUGUCAAGCUAUAGGUUUUUUCGGUGGCGAGAAACAACUUAUGUGCUGAUUAGAGGGAUACUAAAACUGGAUUACUAUGGCACAAGGAUUUUAGGAGUGUUGCAUGUGGAAUAUGUAUAGAGACGAAUUUCUUCCGGUGGUGUUAGAGCAGUAAAUUAACCUUGAGAUGGACUGGACUCCAAUCAUUAGCUAUGUGGGUUUAGUAGUAGAGUUAUCUGUGUUUUUAGUCAUAAGUCUAGGAUUUAAUCUUCUAGUUUCAAUGUAUCAAAAAGAUGGACUGGGCUCCAACCUGUGCUUCAAUGGUGUAUCAAGUUGUCACUUUUGUGCCCUGGAGCACGACUGGUGCUGUUUUGAUGGAUGACCCCAACAGACCACAGAGCUCCACUGCAAUUAUU